UUGGCCUCUCGCUGGCCCGGCCCACGGAUCCCGAGUGAAGAACGCGAGCACUGCGGAGCCCACCUGCGAGCUCCCGGGCGGGAGCGUCCCCGGCUUCUCCUGCUCGGCCGAGCGAGGGUAACCACGGAGAGGUGGAUCCAGGUAAGUUAUUGGUAAUAAGGCCUCUGUAGCCAUGGCUAGUUCUGAUGUGAAACCAAAAUCAAUAAGUCGUGCCAAAAAAUGGUCAGAAGAGAUAGAAAAUCUGUACAGAUUUCAACAAGCAGGAUAUCGGGAUGAAAUUGAAUAUAAACAAGUGAAACAAGUUUCUAUGGUAGAUCGCUGGCCAGAGACGGGAUAUGUGAAGAAACUGCAGAGAAGGGACAAUACCUUCUAUUACUACAACAAGCAGAGGGAGUGUGACGACAAGGAGGUCCACAAAGUGAAGAUUUACGCUUACUAACCUCUCUUCCUCGUGUGACUCGUCACAUACAUUUUAAGAAUUCAUUGUUUCAUUCUACAUCAGGUCAAUGUUUGUCAUUCCUAUGAAAUCCUUCAGUAUGUAGUCUUUAACGUUUGAAGCACAAAAGCCAUGAAACUUGGAAUCUAUGAAUCAUCCCGUCCUGUUCUAUAAUAAGGCUGCCGACACAUUAAAGUUGUACCCUUUU